CCGAGCCUCACUUUAUACAUACUUGCAUGAAGCGCAAUGAUUUUGCAAUGAUUUGCCGAUAUAUUUGUGCGCGAGAAUCAUAUCUAUAGAAGUUCGUUUCUCGACUUGCCAACCGACUGUCCGAAUGACAGGCGGCCGGAUCAUCCGCGAGAGAGUAUUCAAAAUAUUGUAAUUGCUCGCGAGUUGUCGUUGAGCCUGUGUGACCUGUAAGUACUGUAAGUUUAUGAACACCGGUAUUGCCUCAUACACAAUCAUGCUGUCGCUUCGUGAAGCAACGAAACUCGCGCGCCUAAUUGUUGGAUCCGCAGCAACAAGCCCCUCGAUAGCACAUCGAAACUUGUUAACGAUGAACAAAUCUUGGUUAUUUGGACAGGUUAUGUGCGCCGCUUACUUCUCCUCCCAUCAAUAUGAAUAUGAUUUGGUUGUAUUGGGAGGUGGUUCGGGAGGUUUGGCUGCAGCAAAGCAAGCAACAGAGCUAGGUGCUAAGGUUGCUGUAUUUGAUUAUGUCACACCCUCUCCUCAAGGAACAAAAUGGGGUUUGGGAGGUACCUGUGUCAAUGUUGGUUGCAUUCCAAAAAAACUCAUGCAUCAAGCUGCUCUCUUAGGAGAGGCUGUUCAUGAAGCAGCUGCUUUUGGAUGGCAAAUUCCAGAACCAAAAAAAAUCAAAAUUGAUUGGGAAGCUAUGACACAGGGUGUUCAAAAUCACAUUAAAUCUGUUAAUUGGGUCACUCGAGUUGAGCUUAGGACUAAGCAUGUUCAAUAUAUCAAUGCCUUAGGAUAUUUCAAGGAUCCUCACACCAUUGCCGGUUUAAUGAAAAAUGGUCAAGAACAAGUUGUAACUGCCAAAAAUGUACUUAUCGCAGUUGGUGGUAGACCCAACUACCCAGAUAUUCCAGGAGCUGUAGAAUAUGGCAUUACUAGUGAUGAUUUAUUCAGUUUGAGUAAAGCUCCAGGAAAAACAUUGGUCGUUGGCGCUGGAUAUAUUGGUCUUGAAUGUGCUGGAUUCUUGAAUGGAUUGGGAUACAAUGCUACUGUUAUGGUGCGAUCAAUUGUCCUUAGAGGUUUUGAUCAAGAUAUGGUUAAAAUUGUUGUCGAUGAAAUGGUCAAUCAAGGUGUUAACUUCAUUCAUGAGGCUAAGCCUAAGUCAAUUACGAAACAGGAAGAUGGAAGUCUACUUGUGCAUUAUGUUGAUAAGGACGGUCAAAUUAAAAAAGAUGUGUAUGACACAGUAUUAUUUGCUAUUGGUCGUUAUGCUUUGACUAAAGAUUUGAAAUUAGAAAAUGCUGGUGUAGAAACAGUUAAAGAUGGAAAAAUUGAUGCAAAUAACGAACAAAGUAACGUCCCUCAUAUCUAUGCUGUUGGCGAUGUUUUGCAUAAACGACCUGAACUAACACCUGUAGCUAUUCACGCUGGAAAACUUUUGGCUAAAAGACUCUUUAACAAUGCUACUGAAACGAUGGAUUACACAAACGUUGCAACUACUGUAUUCACUCCUUUGGAAUAUGGCUGUGUUGGCCUUAGUGAAGAACAGGCUGUUCAACAUCAUGGUGAAGAUAAUAUUGAAGUUUAUCACACCUAUUACAAGCCCACAGAAUUCUUCAUCCCACAAAAAGACAAUAGUAAUUGCUACUUGAAGGUAGUGUGCGAACGUGCUGGAGAUCAAAAAGUUCUUGGUAUGCACUUUGUUGGACCCCAUGCUGGUGAAGUUAUUCAAGGUUUUGCUGCAGCCAUGAAAUGUAACAUGACAUUUAAACAACUCAAGUCAACAGUUGGUAUCCAUCCUACAGUGGCUGAAGAAUUUACUCGCGUUCAAAUCUCUAAGAGAUCAGGAGUUGAUCCCAGACCGCAAAGCUGUUGCAGUUAGAGAUACAUUAAACUUUUAAAUAAUGUUUUCAUCUUUCUGUGGUUGAGAAGGAUUGACACAGUUAUUCCAGUUCACAUAUUUAAUUUUGCUUUUUUUACACAAUUCUACUUGUAUAUAAUGUAAUAUCUGGAAAACCUGAUGCUUGUGAUUUAUAACACCUUGUAACUAUUCUUCUAAAUAUUUCCUCUUGUAUAGGAUUUCUCUUAACUACUAAUUUCAUUUGCUCAUGUACUUUAAAAACAAAAAGUGAUUUUUGACGUUAGUAUAAAAACACUAAUACAAAUUUUUUUAUAAACUUUUAAGUAGACACCAGAAAAAAAUUUUUAUGGUUUUAUUAUUUGAAUAAUAAACUAUUUGCGAAGCAAUAAAUGUCAUUGUUAAUCUUGAGAAA